ACUAUCUGGGCCACUGGGAGCUGUCCUACCCUGCUGCCUAGCCAGAGCAGGACCAGGACUCAUCCUCCUUCUUUUAAUGGCAUUAUGCAUAGCUUUUAGAUGUCAUACACUGUUCACGACCUACCAGUGUCUUCUGUGUGUGCGGUCGUGGUUGCUGUUCAGAUGACGUGGGGAUGCUAAUACGACCCUCCGCUUGUCUCUCGGUUGCCAUGACAACGCCCUAUCUCUCCCUGUUCCUCCUACUGGUGUUUCUGUCCUCGUCCUGCCUGCUGUAUCUCAACCUCCAAUCGGAAUCCUUCUCUUCGUCCGUUCCCCUGCCGCCCCCGUCCUGUGGUCUGGGCCAGUCCUGGGCCGUGCGGCUGAGCUUCAGCUCUUCCCAGGAGGACGGACUUCUCGUGGAUCUCGAUGUGGUUGCAGACAAGGUGGCAGAACAGGUCGGACUGGAGAACCGGGGUCAGAUCGGACAGCUGGAAGGCCACUACCUCCUGUGUGCCUCAAAGCCCAGGCUGGGGGCUACCGCUUGGGCAGACAAGUGGGCCCACUCCGGAGACCUGCUGGCAGCCCACCCGCAUGUGCUGUGGCACUCCAAGGACAUUGUCCUCAGCAGAUCCAAGAGGGCAAUGACCUUCAAUGACCCCCGCUACCCGAACCAGUGGCACUUGCACAACAAACAGAGAAAGGGCAUGGACAUCAACGUGACGGGCCUGUGGGAGCGCAACAUCACUGGGACAGGGGUCACGGUGGUGGUGGUGGAUGACGGAGUGGAGCACACGCUGCAGGACAUCCAGCCCAACUAUAGUCCAGAGGGCAGCUAUGACCUGAACUCCAACGACCCCGACCCCAUGCCCCAUCCGGAUGCCCACGGUGACAACCACCACGGCACCCGCUGUGCUGGGGAGAUCGCCGCCGUGCCCAACAACAGCUUCUGUGCCGUGGGCGUGGCCUACGGGAGCAAGGUGGCAGGUAUCAGAGUGCUGGACGGACCACUGACGGACAGCAUGGAGGCUGUGGCGUUCAACAAACACUACCAGGUCAACGACGUCUACAGCUGCAGCUGGGGUCCAGACGACGAUGGACACACUGUGGACGGACCCCACCCGCUGGGGAAGGCGGCGCUGCAGCACGGAGUGAUCGCUGGCCGAAGAGGGUUCGGCAGCAUCUUCGUUGUUGCCAGUGGUAACGGCGGGCAGUAUAACGACAAUUGCAACUACGACGGCUAUGCCAACUCCAUCUACACCAUCACCAUUGGGGCGGUGGACGAGGAGGGACAGAUGCCCUUCUAUGCAGAGGAGUGUGCGUCCAUGUUGGCGGUCACGUUCAGCAGUGGAAGGAAAGAACUGAGGAGCAUCGUGACGUCCGAUUGGUCGAUGCAGCAGGGGACGGGCUGCACGGACGGGCACACGGGCACGUCGGCUGCGGCCCCCCUGGCGGCGGGCAUGGUGGCCCUCAUGCUGCAGGUGCGGCCCUGCCUGACCUGGCGGGACGUCCAGCACAUCAUCAUCUUCACAGCAACCAAGUACGAUAACAGCACUGACUGGAGGGCUAACGGGGCCGGCUUCCACCAUAGCCACAAGCACGGCUUCGGCCUGCUCAAUGCCUGGAGGAUGGUCAACGCUGCCAAGGUGUGGGAUUCGGUGCCAUUCCUAUUGUCUUAUCAGAGCCCGGUACCGAAGGGGGAUGUGACUAUCCUGACCUAUCCAGACAUUCUGACCCGCACCUGGAAUGUCACCACCCAGGACCUGAGCCAGUCCGGCAUGCAGACUCUGGAGCACGUGUCCGUUACCAUGACGAUCACCCAUCCGUGCCGCGGCAACGUGGAGAUCACACUGGUGUGCCCCAGCGGCAUGACGUCACUUAUCGGGGCUCGUCGUGCCCUCGACCGGGACCCCUCAGGCUACCAGGAAUGGACCUUUUCAACGGUGCGCUGCUGGGGAGAGAAAGCCCUGGGCGAAUACAAACUCCUCAUAGUGGACCACAAGACGCCGACCCCCAAGAUGUGUGCUGCCACGGGGACGCUCACCCAGUGGAAGCUGACCCUGUAUGGGUCCUCGCUCACCUACCGACAGGUCAAGGAGAGACAGAGGCUGGUGGAAGAGGCCAUGAGCGGCCGUUACCUAGACAGCAACUUCUCUCUGCCCUGCCCACCCGGCCUGGACGUCCCCCCAGAGACACUCACCCCCUUCUCCUCCAACAACCUCAAGUUCCUGCUGCUGCUGGGCUGUUUCGCCUUCUUCUGGUCGCUGUACUACACGCUGGAGGUGGGGCUGGCCCACUUGGACCUCCAGGAGUUGCUGUGCUGGCGGAGGGGCCGCGGCGGCGGGGCCCGCCCCCGGACCCACAGGCUCCGCCGGCGGGAACGGGACAGGGGGCCGGACUGGGUGUCGGUGGAGGACGGGGACGAGGAGGAGGGGGAGGAGCAGCAGCAGCAGCAGCAGGAGGACCGGGACUCGGGCAUCGUGCUGGACUUUGAGGCCAAGGCGCCAGCCGCCGCCGCCGCCGAGAGAGUGGCCACGUAGCACCAGGCGCUGGCCGCUGACCUUUUGGGUCUUCUUUUUUAACCUGCUGUACACGCCUCGCGGCACCUUCUCAGGGUCUGAACCCCCCCCCCCCACUCCCUCUUCACCCCUGCUGCCCUCUGCAAGCUGUUGCUCGGUCACUCUCCCCGCUCAGUGGGCUGAGACGGAGAGCGACCGUCAGGGUGGACCUGGACUCACCUGCCCUGCAUUCCUUCACGAUGUGGCCUUCUGGAUGGAAUGACUGAGUAUGGUUGGAGGGGCAUGGUGUGUGUGUGUGUGAGUGUAUGGGUUUAUUAUGUGGAAGGGAAGGUAGGUAGGUGUGUGUGUGUGUGUGUGUGUGUGUGUGUGUGUGUGUGUGUGUGUGUGUGUGUGUGUGUGUGUGUGUGUGUGUGUGUGUGUGUGUGUGUGUGUGUGUGUGUGUGUGUGUGUGGUGAAUCAGGCUGAGAAUUGGGACAGGGGGUGUAGGGGUGUUGAAUGUACGAUGCGAAUUAUCACAACAGUCACCUUGGACUUUAUUUGACGUGCACUACUGUACCCUUAUUUAUAUAAAGAUGUUUUAAUUGUGUGUGUGUGUGUUCGGCACGCGCCUGAUUUUGACUUUCACUCAUGAGUUCAUUCUUUGACGUCUGAAGUUUUAGAGACCUUGAAGUUUAAUGUGCAGAAUUGUAAUACUGUAUGUAUUUUUAUGUUUAUAUAUAUAACACACACACACACACACACACACACACACACACACACACACCUUGUGCCUGGGUCAUCUAAUUAUAUCAAACUGAGUUAAAUGUUUUCUAUGCAAAGGAGUUUCUGGAUUAAAGGUGAUAGCUGAUGGAAAUCCCAGGUGAGCUGUAUGUAAAUAAAGCCUUGAUAAGAA